AUGCUGAUGUACCUCUAUGGGGUCAAUGCGGCGGGGUACGUCAAGCGAAUUUUGGUGCCUUCGCUCAUUUCAGGUCAGAUUGGAUGGAUGGGAGCCACUACUUGCGUUUCCGGUGCGAGUUGUGUGUACUCCAAUGACUGGUACUCGCAGUGUCUGCCAUCAUCCUCGACCGCAACAACCCGCCCCCAAACGACCACAACGACGACGACUACGAGUAGUGGCACGAGCUCCUCCUCAACUCCUGGACUUGCAGAUCUGGCCGUUGCCGCUGGUAAACAAUACAUUGGACAAAUGAUUGAUACCACAGAGAUGCAAAAUUCUGCGUACAUGGUUAUUGCGAGCAACGUCCAUAUGUUCAAUCAAGUUACACCAGGAAAUAAAAUGAAAUGGGAUGCCACGGAGCCUUCCAGGAACCUGUUCACAUUCGGCGCUGCGGAUAAUAUUGUCAAUUGGGCUUUGAGUGGCGGACGCCAAAUGCGCGGGCACACUCUUGUUUGGCAUAGCCAGCUUCCUUCGUGGGUCAGCAAUAGCAACUUUAACAACGGCACACUUGUUUCGGUGCUCCAGAACCAUGUCACUACGCUCGUCAAGCACUUUUCCGGCAAGGUGAAAACUUGGGACGUGACGAAUGAGAUUUUCAACGAGGACGGGACGUGGCGUCAGAGCGUCUUUUACAAGACCAUUGGUGAAUACUUUGUUGACAUUGCCUUCCGUGCUGCGGCUGCCGCAGAUCCCAGUGUAGGCCUUGCAGCCAACGACUACAAUUUGGAUAACAACAAUUCGAAAAUAGCCGCCUAUAUCGCCCUUGUCAAGCGACUCAAGGCACGUGGCGUCAAGAUUACUCAAGUUGGCUCCCAAGCCCAUCUUAUCUCUGGCCAAACGCCUUCUUUCACUUUUAUGGUCUCUGCGCUCAACGCACUGGUGGCGACAGGUGUUGAUGUCGCCAUUACCGAACUUGACAUUCGCAUUCAGCUCCCCAUCACCUCUGCUAAGCUCGAUCAGCAGAAAAAGGACUAUAACACGGCGGUCAGGGCCUGCAUGGCAGUUCCGCGGUGCGUAGGCGUGACGAUUGCCGGUUAUUCCGACAAGUACAGCUGGGUCCCUGGCACCUUCCCUGGCUACGGUGCUGCUCUCCCAUUCGACGAAAACUACAAGGCCAAGCCCGCCUUUUAUGGCAUCGUCGACGCACUCAAAGGAAUUACCGACUCUUAG